UAGGUUAUAAAAAAGUAAUUUUACUUGUUUUCGUUUUCCCCAUGCUUUUGAAACUUCCCUUUGAUCCUUCUUUCUUCUUUGCGUUGCAUUCGCCCAGUUCCUUGACUUCCACACGGACGCUCAACUGACCAAGAAAACUGAAUUGGAUAAAGUUUAUCUGACUAGCAGAACUGAAGGGAAUUGGCCAACCUCGUCACGUUCAUCCUCAGCUGCAUAGCAAUGGCGGCAAUGGUAGCUCUGCAGAGCUCUCUUACGUCUCUUUCUCCCUCCUCCAGCUCCUUCAUAGGUCAACGUCUCUCCCCUCUUAGCUCACCUCCGGUAUAAGCCAAUUCAGAAGUCUUAUGCCAUUGCAGCAAAGCUUAGGAGAUGGGAGCGCAAAGAGUGCAAGCCAAACAGCCUUCCUAUGCUACACAAACUACAUGUUAAAGUUGGUGAUACAGUGAAAGUAAUAGCAGGGCAUGAUAAAGGUAAAAUUGGAGAUGUUGCCGAGGUUAUAAGGCAUAACAGCAAAGUUAUCGUGAAGGACAUUAACUUGAAGACCAAGCAUGUGAAAAGCAAGCAAGAGGGUGAAUCCGGUCAGAUAAUUAAGAUUGAAGCACCCAUUCAUAGCUCAAAUGUGAUGCUCUACUCAAUGGAGAAGCAAGUAACAAGCAGGGUGGGGCAUAAAACACUAGAGAAUGGGAAACGGGUCCGCUACCUAGUCAAAACCGGUGAAAUUAUAGACAGUGCAGAGAAUUGGAAGCGAGUGGUGAAAGAAAAGGAAAAAUCAAAAGAAGAAACUACUGCUGCUGUUGCUUCUUCUUCUUCUUAGAGUGCAGCAACCUCCAAAAUUUCUUUUGCAUCCCUUCUUUCUCUUCUAUGCAGUUUGUUCUUAAAUCUUGACUCUCGAUUCCAAAAAUGUCCAAAGUCUAAAAUAGCUGUAUGGCAUUUUAUUUGUUUAAAACGGUAAAUCAGAACAUAUGAGAUCAAAUAGUUCCCCACUCCUUCCACAUUCGGUUAAAGGGGUGUUAACGGUGUUUGGAUCUGCUUCUGAAAGGAGUAGGAUCAGAUUUUGGAGUGUUUGGGUGGAAUUGUAGAAGUACUUCUUAGGCC